AUGGAUAGACACAGAGUGAAAGUGACUAAUAACAACAAGAAGUUGGAGAAACUUGGAAAGAUGAAGGUGCUCCUAGAGGAUCCUGAACAGAAAGUGAAAUUGCGGCAAAGUGUGACCACCACUGCUCACUUCCUCCACGUGCGGUCCGUCCCGAAAGGUGUAAUGUGUAGGAGGGGUCCCUUUGAAGAGUCCGCCACGUCAAAAAGACCGGAAGGACCGGGUGACAACGCAAGAUGAUGAACUAAUUAGGAGGGGGUACGCGAACAAUCGGUAGUUUAGUUUUAUUCUGUUUUCUCGUCUUUUCGACCCCCACACAUUUCGCAAUCAAAUUUUUGCCACUUUUGUUUGGUCUUCGAAACGCGUUUUUGUUCUCAUUUACUCGUUUUUUUGAUUAACGGACAUUCCGCAACCGAAAUUUCGCGGUUUCGAAACGUCCAGUAGUCGUUUCUUCAUGUCUUCAUGAGUUUACCGUUUCGGCAAAUCGAUAAACCUCCCGUUUUGCUUCUUUUUUCAAUAAUUCCAAUUGACCCACACGCCCAAAAUUACCUUUUCCCAAGAUUUCCAGGUAAUUUCGGGUGGACCAUCUCAAAUCACUGUUCUACAAGAAUCGAGCAAAUGUUAUCCGUCUCCUGAAACUGAUAGUGAGCUCCCAAAAGUCUACAGUUUUUGGCCACGUCGAUAAGGCAUUCAGUGGAAUGCUCUUUUUGAUCCGCGGCUCAUUUUUUGCAACCAACCUACUAUCCCCCCGAUCCUUUCUCACUUCUUUCCUUUCUUUUCAAUCCACGCGUCGCUCUUUGUCUUGCCACGUCACCCAGGUGUGAUAGAACUGCGAUCAAAGAGACGUGUGGUGAAUAGAUCCACCCUCACCCGCCACUGAAAAACGGCUGUUUCGAUUGAAAUCAGCACGCUAGAUUGGCGUAGAUACCGGCCCGAGGGGCAGUAUGUCAUUGCGGUAAAGUGGGUGCCGACACCGACGGAAUGCUCAUUAAUCAACUGGUGCGGGCGACUCCGGGAGCCGGGGGGGAGCCACAGCUUUUAUCUUCCCGCCCAGCCCCCCAGACACCUUUAUCCAAAUUUCCAUUCAAUUUGCUCCGGUUAGUUUCCCCCCUCUAGAGCUGUUGGGUCUAGCAAAAAAGAAGAGAAGCAUUUGUUUUCUCUCCGCCAUGAUUUAAUGGGGUGUUCAAUGAAGCGAGCAAUGAGGAUGGACUACGGUAGCCGGAGAGCCGAGAAGCCGACGAGCAUCCGGUGGGAAUUCGGAACAAAAUGAAUCUAGUCGUGUUUUGUUUUGUUUGAGAACAACACAUAUUGCAUACUGUAGUGCUAUUCACCUCGUUCCAUUCCAAUCCACACCAAAAACAUCUUCUAGCACCAGCUAGGAUCGCCAAUUAACACCAUCUGGGCCUUGAAAUCGUGGUUUCAUCCCAGCCAUUCUAGAUUUUUGCCCGCUCAGACCUGCCAAGUUUCGAUCUCUCAUUCAUACUCGUCAAUACUCUGAUCUACCGCCUCGGAGACGUAUCCAUCUCAUCUUUUUUGUAUUCUACCGCCCGGGAGGGGCUGGGGCUCCCGCAUAAUUACUCGUGGGGACCGUUUAUUCCGUCAUCGUUUUGUCAGACAGGUGUGCUCCUCCGUCCGUAUCUUUCUGGCUCAUCGUUCUUCUCACUUAUUCCCUAUCUCGACUUCUUCAUCUUUGUGUGCGUUCACGUAAGUCGGUUCACGUUCCAUUUUGGUACGUGGAGGCGGAACGUGGCGCCAUUUUGUUUCGUUUUUGACUCAUUUCUACCGCGUCUCCUUUAGUUUUGUCAAUUUUUCCUGAAAGUUUUUGUUUGGAAAGUUUUCCGGUAAGCCCCCGAACCCUGGUUUUCUCAAAGGCCAAGCAACUAAACGUUUUAGAGAGUAUGGAUUAUUGUGCGGCGCAGUUGAUUUCCGAUGAAGAUGAGCACUUUCAGUUUUUCGAGGUCCAAGAAGAACAAGAGGUACCGAGUCGCCGCAUUCAUUCCGACGGAUAGAGGCCCCGCCCCCUCGAGCGACUCGAUUGGUCGCCGACAAUUAGCUUCGUUUGCCCGACUCCUCCCCUCUCUCUGCCCGUCUCUCCCGUCCUCCUCCGGCCACGUCUUCGUGUCCACCGUGCGUGAUUCAGUCCGAAUGAAGAAGACCGUAUCUAGAUAGACCUAGAUAAUCUUCAAGACCCCCCUCUCGAUGACCAACUGAGUCCUCUGUGUGUGUGUGUGUAUGGUUCAUCUGCAAUUUCAAUCUGUAACUCUGAUCUUCUCCCUCUUAUCUCACCUCUGAUUAUUUUGCCGCAGAUGGUUAUCAUCACGAGACCACACAUGUUCCGCUCUUAUCUCUCCGUCUCCUCGCUGCUCUAUCUCGCGCCACCGCCGCCGCUCGUCGUUAAGCCCUUUCUAAUCCAUGGUCCCUCCCAUAACUUUUUGUGCCUCUUCCAGGCCGACGACGACGACAUGAACUACGAGCAGAAGGGCCCGUCCGCCACGUCUUCCGGAGCGGCUCUCGUCGCGGCGAGCUCCGCCGCCGUCGCCGCGCCUUUCACCUACAACACGGCGACUACCAACUAUUAUAAGGACUACAACAACCCGUCAAGUUGGUUUCUUUCGCUUUUCUUGUUUUCUCCGCCAGUGCUAGACCAAUUUCCGGUCUAAACUGGGAAAUUAGAAGAAGCGCCUUUUCCCUACCACUUUUUUCUGUUUUUCCAGGCUACCAGAUGUUUCUCAAUUAUCCGCCGUACACGGGAGCGGCGACAGUCGCCACCGCGUCAGACAUGGACGGAAUUGUCGGCGGACAAGACAUGAUGCACAGCAGCGUGUUCGGAGGUAUGACCACCAAGAGCUAUAAAAUUCGCCCCCCCCCCUCGCGACAUGUUCCGCUCUAAUCUUUAUCGUCCAUCUCUUUGCAGCCCAAAACUCAAGCUACUUUUACCCGGCGUCGAUCAACGGAUACGGAUACGAUCCGCUCGCUGCCGCCACCUCUGCCAGUGGAAUCACGGUCAACAAUCAAGUGAACGUGAGCAUUGUGCGGAAUGGAGGACAGCCGAACGUGGUGCAGUCGGUGCUGCCGUGCAGUCAGGGACUCACGCCCACAGGCAUCGCCGGAUGUUCCACCUCCUCUUCGUCGGCGUCGAGCUCGUCGGCAAACUCGACCUCGACGCCCAAAUCGACAGGCUUGGCGAAAGCGAAUCGGGCGUCAGGAGCGAAUAGUUGUGAGUCUCAGCGUCUCAGGGAGACACGAAAAACAUCGAAAUGUUUGCAGUCAACAAUGAAGACCGAGAGUGUGUGAACUGUGGAGUUCACGCGACACCGCUCUGGCGUCGCGACGGAGCCGGAAACUAUUUGUGUAAUGCGUGCGGGUUGUACUACAAGAUGAACAUGACGAAUCGACCGUUGGUGAAGCCGAAGAAGCGGCAGGUAAGGAAAAAGAAUCGUUAGGCCCCCUCUCCCUCCAUCCCCCGCACUUGUCACAUUGAUGGCUCGACCUUGGCGGACGUUGUGCCGAGACUUUUUAUUAGGGCGGUAGAGGUUUUUGAUAACAUCAGGAGUCCCCCGUAGUCAUUGAGCAAUACCUUUUAUGGAUGAAUGACAAAUUGUUAGAGAGAGAGUUCCCCCGAGGUCGGGGUCGAUUUGGUGGCAAGUGACGAGACUCUUGAAGUUGCGUACAGUAGCCUCCACACACACAAAUUUGUUCUCAUUUCGCCGCGGAAAACAAGAGGCAUGAAAAUGAGGAAAAAGAGCGCGCGCCGAUAACGAUCUUUCACUUUGGUCCUCUUCGGGCGCUCCCCUCUUUUCCCCCUCGUUUCUAUUCGAUUCACUGCUUGCUUCUUCUGAAAUUCAAACGUCUCUGACGACGGCAGCGGCGGCGGCCGCGCGGAGACAACAAGAAUGUGAGCGGGGUACGGUAGUCGGUCACGGUUGUCAUCGGCACAAAAGUGGAAGAGAGAGAAAGAGACAAUUAAUUAAUACCAUCACCACCACCACCCAGCGCUCAAUGAAAAACGAAAAAUGACAAAAUUCUUAGCAGAACGCACAAAAAAGGACUGGCGUCACGUGUGUCAACUGCCACACGAACAACACGACGCUGUGGAGACGAAACGGCGACGGGAAUCCGGUGUGCAAUGCGUGCGGACUCUACUUCAAGCUUCACAAGGUACGUGCGCCUUUAAACCCGUGUGUCGAUUUACGGGAGCCGACAAAUGGAGGUGUUGCGCAAGUUUAGAGCCGUUUGCCGCGAAAACAAUCACGCGGCGGUGCGCUAUCAUCAUUCGGGCUUCUUUUACCGUCCGUUCCGACAGAUAAUUACUUGGCGCGCACCACCGUUAGCAAAACAUUACCGCCACAAUAUUUCUAUAUCUGAUCUCUUGACCGUCGUUAUCGCAUCGCGCUACUGCUAAAGAGCGGUGUGAUUGAUGACAGUUUUCGUGGCUCGGAUCGCGUUUUUGUGUCUCAAGACUCAUUAACUUUUUGGGGGGCGGUAAUAAUAAUAAUAAUAAUAAUGACUAUUAUUAUUAUUUUAUUGCGCACAGUUUUGAGUAAACUGUGCCGCUUUUAUGAGAAUUUUACAAAGAUGUUCUUCCGGAAGUGUAGCGGGGGAUUUACGAUGGCCGGUCUCUUUUUGUCACGGCGUUGAUAAUUCUAGCUCAAUUUGUGCUCAAAACUGUUCAACUUUUUUGAAAAAUUUUGCCCGGCUUACUGUAGAUUCAAAGGCGCUGCCCGCAUUUUGAGAACAUUUUGUUUUGCGCCGCCGCCGCCGCACGGCGCGGCUUUCGCAACAUACGCAGCCAAAUGGUAUGUAUUUUUGUGCGUCGGUGUGGCUCUGCGUGCAGUGCAUUUUAUGUUACGCGCAAAGGUCAUUUUUUUAGUUGUUGAUGAAUUUUCUCCAAAUAUUCAUCUCUUUUCAAGUAAUGUUUUAUUCAGAAAAUAUACGAUUUCUCGAAAAACGUCUCUAGAUCUUCUAAUAUUUUGAUUUAAAAAGUUCACUACAUGACUGUGAAUGUCUUCGAAUCAAAAGAAAGUAGAGUGACAGCUCGCUUUCGCGUAAAAAUUGGUCUUUUGCCGGAAAACAGAGACGGUUCGUUGAAAAAAAAUUUUUUCUGAAAAACCGUCUGUAGAUUUUUUAAUUUUUUUGUUUAAAUAGUUCACUUACAUGACUGUGAAUGUUUUCGAACCAAAAAAAGUAGAGUGACAGUUCGUAGAAGCAAAAAAAAAAUUUUUUAACGAAAUUUCACUGUCUUCCGGCAAACUAUCGGUUUUUCCGCGAAAGCGAGCUGUCACUCUACUUUUUUUUGGUUCGAAAACAUUCUCAGAAAUGUAAGUAAAGUUUUUUAUCCAAAAGAUUAGAAAAUCUAGUCUCGUUUUUCGAGAAAUCGUGCAUUUUCUGAAUAAAACCUUACUUUCACUUACUUACGCGUUUCUUUUCAUCGCAUCGACUUCUCUUCGCGUAUUACUUCAUCAGGAAUCUGUAAAAAGGUCUAAUUGAGGUAGAAAGUGGAGAAAAACGCUUUAAAGAGAUGAUAAUUUGGAGAAAAUUCAUCAACAACUAAAAAAAAAGAACUUUGCGCGUAACAUAAAAUGCACUGUACGCAGAGCAACACCGGCGUGUCAAAAUGCACAGACUGAGGAUCAAACGUUUGGUGAAGCCGCGCCGUGAGCCGGUCCCCGUUUUUCUUCAAAUUUGCAAAGAAGGAAGCUAAUUUUUGUCUAUUUUUCAGAUUGAGCGACCGAUCACGAUGAAAAAGGAAGGAAUCCAGACGCGCAACCGGAAGAUGUCGACAAAAGGAGCGCGGAAGAUCAAGAAAGAGUCGACGGGCUCAAACGGCUCCGCCUCGCUGGGAAUGACGACGCCGACGGCUGCGGGACUCACGUCGAACCUCGACCUGGCCGAUCCGUCGUCCGUCUGGGGCAUGAAGAGCACGCAGCCGAUGCUGAUGGCCACGCCGACCGCCUACUCAUUCCCCACCUCGAACUACUUCUUCACGGGCGGCUCCACGAUCGACGACUCGAUGGACUACAAGAGUUUCCAGCCGAUGGUCGUCGAUUUUGGCGGAAAUUGGGCGAAAACUGAACGAAUCGACGGAUAG